GCAGAGUCCCUGUUAGAUUCUCCCUGGCCCCGAUACUGCGGACCUCUUUCCAGUUUGUCUCUCUCAACGUUCUUUAAGGCUGAGUGUGAAGAUGAGGGUGUGGAUCAUCUUUCUCCUGUGCCUGGCUGGCAAGGCCUUGGCCGCUCCGACUGAAGAGGAGCCAGUUGUUGAGGAGACGGAGGUGGGAGCUAACCCAGUCCAGGUCGAGACUGGAGAGUUUGAUGAGGCCAUUGAGGUGGAGGAGGAGGUUGUCACAGAAACCGAGAACCCCUGCCUGAACCACCACUGCAAGAAGGGCAAGGUGUGUGAGGUUGAUGACAGCAACACCCCCAUGUGUGUGUGCCAGGAUCCCUCUACCUGCCCCUCCUCUGUGGGAGAGUUUGAGCACGUGUGUGGCACAGACAACAAGACCUACGACUCCUCUUGCCACUUCUUUGCCACAAAGUGCACCCUGGAGGGAACUAAGAAGGGUCGCAAGCUGCACCUGGACUACAUUGGUCCCUGCAAAUACAUUGCCCCCUGUGUGGACAAUGAGUUGAACGAAUUUCCCCUGCGCAUGAGGGACUGGCUGAAGAACGUGCUGGUGACCCUGUAUGAGCGUGAUGAGGACCACAACCUGCUGACUGAGAAGCAGAAGCUCAGGGUGAAGAAGAUCUACGAGAAUGAGAAGAGGCUGCACGCUGGCGACCACUCCCUGGACCUGCUGGCCCACGACUUCGAGAAGAACUACAACAUGUACAUCUUCCCCGUGCAUUGGCAGUUCGGCCAGCUCGACCAGCACCCCAUCGAUGGGUAUCUGUCCCACACUGAGCUGGCUCCCCUGCGCGCCCCCCUCAUUCCCAUGGAGCACUGCACCACCCGCUUCUUUGAGCAGUGCGAUGCCGACAACGACAAGUACAUCGCCCUGGAGGAGUGGGCCGACUGCUUCGGCAUCAAAGAGCAGGAUGUGGACAAGGACCUUGUCAUCUAGGCUCAGCAGCAGCUCUGCGUUUACUGAAGUGGAAUAGGUGCAAACUCCUAGAUUAAAAAAAGACAAAAUAACGGUGCUAAACUCCUUAUUGACUUAACUAUACCACUAAAAAAUUAUAAAAGAUGUGCACACUUUAAAUUAACGUUCACAAAAACAGAUCAAAGGAGCAUCUAGUCCUUUUUAUUUUGUUUGGGUUAAUUAGAUUCGUUUUUCAAGCUGAAAUGUAAUGUAGCACCAGUUUACUGUAUAGAGAAAGACUGUUUAGUAACAUAGCUGGUUGUGCUGUUGGACCAUGUAUGUUGGGAACAGAUAUGAGAUGAAUUAUUGACAAUACACAAAUUAUUGAACAAUUACAACAAUUUGUAUUGGAUACAAAAAUGCAGUGAUUUUUUCCAUAGU